UGUUACACAACCAAGCAAGUACAGGAAAUUCAAGCCGAUUACAGAAGUACAGUACAUGGUAAAAGCCUUUACAAAAAAUUAUUUUGCUCUAUUGAUUCUUCUACCAGCCAGGUUUCUACAGGAAUAUAACAAUUUUAAGACCAUAAUGAAUUUCCAAAAGAAAGGUCAUCCAUAUGGAUGCGUUUGGAGAAGGGGUAACAUAUUUUCAUUUCUGCUGCUUUGCAGUGGGACAUUGAUGUUUUCUGUUGAUUGUUGGACCUAUCACUACUCAGAAGAGACCAUGCAAUAUGAACAAGCUCGAAGGUACUGUCAGAGUAAAUACACCGACUUAGUGGCAAUUCAAAAUAAAAAAGAGAUUGAAUAUCUUGAAACAAGCAUUCCACAAAGCCCAACUUACUACUGGAUAGGGAUAAGGAAAAUCAACAACACAUGGACUUGGGUGGGAACCAACAAGACACUUACAGAGGAAGCUAAAAACUGGGGUACUGGAGAACCAAAUAAUAGACAGCAUAAAGAAGAUUGUGUUGAGAUAUACAUUAAACGUACUAAAGAUUCGGGAAAGUGGAAUGAUGAUGCAUGCUACAAGAAGAAGAGAGCACUAUGUUAUACUGCUUCGUGUGACCAGCUAUCGUGCAGUGGUCAUGGAGAAUGCAUUGAAACAAUCAACAAUUACACCUGUGAUUGUGUUCCAGGUUUUUAUGGACCCCAGUGUCAAUAUGUUGUACAAUGCCUACAUUUAUCAGCUCUGUCUCAGGGUUACAUCAAUUGCUCUCAUCCAUGGGGAAACUUCAGCUAUCAAUCUUCAUGCCAUUAUAGAUGUUUUCAUGGAUUUUUUCUUAACGGAACGGACAACAACCAAUGUCUCCCUUCUGGAAUUUGGAGUAGUGCAGAACCAAAUUGCACAGCUGUUACGUGCGAUGCACUCAGUCCUCCUCAGCAUGGAUCAUUUACAUGCAAUCAUCCAUGGGCUGUUAAUAGCUUUGGCUCCACUUGUGAAUUCACUUGCUCAGAAGGAUGGAAAAUAAAGGGAUCUAUUAAAACAACAUGUGGCUCUAUAGGCCAAUGGACAGAAGACCUGCCCGAAUGUGAAGUUCUUACUUGUGGGACUUUCAAUUUUCCUCAAAUCGGAUCAUUUACAUGCAUUCAUCCAUGGGCUGAGAAUAGUUUUGGUUCCAUGUGUAAAUUCACUUGCUCAGAAGGGUGGACAUUAAGGGGAUCUAAUGUAACAACCUGUGGAUCUACAGGCCAAUGGACAGAGGGCAUUCCCAAAUGUGAAGCACAACAGAGAUUUGAGUAUCAUCAGAAGGACCAUGCUAAAGCAGUAUUAAUAAUUGGCCUGGCCACUGCUACUAGUGCAUUACUCCUAGCAAUAUUUUUUUGGCUAGCUAACCGACGGCUGAAGAAAGAUAAAAAGAAAACAAGAGCCCUGUUGUAUGUCCAGGUAAAGGAUUAGGGCCACAGAUAUGGUGCUUAUAAGACCAGGACGUACAACACAAUGGAAUGCUCCUUAUUAGGGGACUAAAGUGAUAUUUUGCAUGCAAUAUGACUGAAGUAAAGAGAGAUGGAAUUUGCCUGGAAUAUAGUAUGUGAAGCAAGCACUGUAUGCUGUCUAGCAUAAAGUGCAACAAAUGUCAUGCAAAAUUGCUACGAAACAUUUGUAAUUCUAUACAAUACAUGAAAAUGAAUAAAUACAGUGGUCUUGUCAUUAAAGAAUUACACAAAUAAAAAAUCACCUACAUAAAGAUGAA